AUGCUAGCUCGGGGCCUCUCUCGGGGCUGGAGAGGCAUCUGUGCUGCUGCCCUCACAGGAGCCCCCUUCUCUCAGGUACCCUCCCAGGUCCCUCGAGGCCUCCACUGCAGCGUAGCCACCCACAGCUCUGGCUCAUCUCUGGUCCCGAGGCCACCUGAGCCCCCGCGGCAGCCGGCCAAGCCCCCGGCCCCCCACGAAGAGCUGUUUAGGCUGGCGCCAGAUGGGGCCCGGGACAAAGCCAGCUUUGUGCAGGCUGUGCAGAACUUUGGGCAGCACAACGUGCACAAGCGGGGCCACGUCGACUUCAUCUACCUGGCCCUGCGCAAGAUGCGGGACUACGGCGUGGAGAGGGACCUGGCCGUCUACAACCUGCUGCUCGACAUCUUCCCCAAGGAGGUCUUCCAGCCUCGCAACAUCUUCCAGAAGAUCUUCAUCCACUACCCGCGGCAGCAGGAGUGCGGGCUUGCCGUCCUGGAGCAGAUGGAGAGCCACGGGGUGAUGCCCAACAAGGAGACCGAGUUCCUGCUGCUUCAGAUAUUUGGGCGCAAAAGCUACCCCAUGCUCAAGUUUGUACGCAUGAAGCUGUGGUUCACCCGCUUCAAGAACGUCAACCCCUUCCCUGUGCCCCGGGACCUGCCCACGGACCCUGUGGACCUGGCCACACUAGGCCUGCGUCGCAUAGAGCCCGACCUCAGCGCCAAGGUCACCAUCUACCAGAUGGCUUCAUCCAGAGACUCCACAGGUACAGCAGAUCCCCCUGAGCAGCAUAUUGUAGGUAUCCAGAGUCCUGAUCAACAGGCCGCCCUGGCCCGCCACAACCCAGCCCGGCCUAUCUUCGUUGAGGGCCCCUUCUCCCUGUGGCUUCGUGACAAAUGUGUCUACUACCACAUCCUGAGGGCAGACUUGGAGCCCCCUGAGGAGAGGGAAGUGGAGGAGAUUCAAGAGGAAUGGAACCUCUACUACCCCAUGCAGCUGGACUUGAAGUAUGGUAGAAGCGCCUGGGAUGACUAUGAGUUUGACAUUGAUGAAGUGGAAGAAGGCCCUGUCUUCGCCAUAUGUAUGGCAGGUGCCCAUGACCAGGCUACACUGGCCAAGUGGAUCCAGGGCCUGCAGGAGACCAACCCAGCCCUGGCCCAGAUCCCCGUGAUCUUCCGCCUGACAGCGUCCACUGGGGAGCUCCAGGCAUCCUCCUCAGGACUGGAGGAGCCCUGCCCGCCACCCCCCCAAGAGGAGGAAGAAGAGGAAGACAAAACGCAGCGACAGCAGCAGGGCCAGAGCUGA